CCUUCAAAGAUGUCACACUUAAGCAUUCUCUUUCUCUUGCUCGUAGCCCUAUCCUUCACUCCCGCACUGUCAGAACUAUGCAACCCACUAGAUAAACAAGCCCUCCUUCAAAUCAAGAGAGAGCUUGGCAACCCAACCAAUCUCUCCUCAUGGAACCCAAAGACAGACUGCUGCAACAACAACUGGGUAGGUGUCUCAUGCGACACCGUCACCCCAACAUACCGCGUCGACAACCUCGACCUCUCCGAAAUUUACCUCACCAAACCCUACCCUAUUCCCCCCUCCAUAGGCAACCUUCCCUACCUCAAAUUUCUUUUCAUCACCAACUCCCCCAACAUCGUUGGCACAAUACCCACCACCAUCACCAAACUCACCAAGCUUCGUGAACUCUAUAUCAGAUACACUAGUGUCUCCGGCCAGAUACCCCAUUUCUUGUCCCAAAUGAAAACCCUCCAAUUCCUCGAAUUCUCCAACUGCAAACUCUCCGGCAACCUCCCUACCUGGCUUCCUUCUCUCCCUGACCUCUACGGAGUCGCCUUCGACAACAAUCGCAUCUCCGGCGCCAUCCCGGACUCGUUUGGCUUCGUCUCGAAGCGGUUCGGGUACAUGACACUCUCCGGAAACCGCCUCUCCGGGAAGAUUCCGUCGUCGCUGGGGAAGCUGGACCUGAAGACUGUGGAUUUGUCUCGUAACAAGCUUGAGGGUGAUGCGUCUGUGUUGUUUGGGUCGGAGAAACGCACGGAGAUGAUAUAUCUGGCACACAACUUGUUUGCUUUUGAUUUUGGAAAAGUAAGGGUGCCAAAGGUCUUGGACUCGUUGGAUGUUGGGCACAAUCGUUUAUAUGGGACACUACCUAAGGGACUUACGUCGCUUAAGAAUCUGUACCGGUUCGAUGUGAGCUACAAUAAACUUUGUGGUGAGAUUCCACGGGGUGGUAAGUUGCAAGAAAUUGAUGAGUCUUUCUAUGCUAAUAACAAGUGCUUGUGUGGCUCUCCUCUUCCAAGCUGCAAACGAUUCUAGAGUUCCACGGAACAUAGUUCAUUUACGCUUACCGGAAAAGGGUAUAAGAAUAAGAGAAAUCUUCUGUGUUCCCAUAAUGUUGAGCGAAUUUGCUAAGAAUUUAACACGUAAGUCACGUAAUUGUAUAUGUGACAGUGUAAUUGUAUCCCAUUUUUAAUUUGUUAUCAAUAUAUGUUAAAUAUUGGAUA